AUGGGCGAUACCAGCGCCGCGGAUGGCAGCAGCCAUGAAAAGAAACAGAUUCUCCUCAAUGCGUUUGACAUGUCUACCGUAGGGCAUUUGUCGCCCGGCCAAUGGAAGAAUCCCAAAGAUAAAUCCGCCACCAAGCGCACGCUGGAAUACUGGAUCGAACUGGCAAAGCUCCUCGAGCGAGGCGGCAUCAACGCCCUCUUCCUGGCCGACACGUACGGCGGAUAUGACACCUACGAAGGGAAGCUGGACGAAUGCAUUCGGCGAGCUGCGCAGUGGCCCGUCACGGAUCCCACGAUUCCCAUCUCUGCCAUGGCCGCCGUGACCAAGAACCUCGCCUUUGGGAUCACCGCAUCAACCUCCUUCGAGCCGCCCUUCCUCCUGGCCAAGCGGUUCUCAACCCUCGACCAUCUGACCAACGGCCGCAUCGGGUGGAACAUCGUCACCUCGUGGAAGAAGGCCGCCUUCAAGGCCAUCGGGCUGGACACGCCCAUCGAGCACGACGAGCGCUACCGCCAGGCAGACGAGUACCUGCGGGUCGUGUACAAACUCUGGGAAGGCUCCUGGGCGCCCGACGCCCUCUCCCCCAACCCCGAAACAGACACCUACGUCGACCCAGACAAAGUGCGCCAGAUCAACCACACAGGCAAAUACUUCACGCUGCACACACGACACAUCGUCGACCCGUCCCCCCAGCGCACGCCCUUCCUCUUCCAAGCCGGCACGUCCGCCGCGGGCUCCGCCUUCGCCGCCUCCCACGCCGAAGCCAUCUUCGUCUCGGGCCACUCGCCCUCCGUGCUGCGCCCGAAGAUCGACCACAUCCGGCAGCUGGCCGCGCAGCAGGGCCGCGACUCGCGCUCGAUCAAGGUCUUCGCAACCUUCACGCCGAUCGUCGGGCGGAGCGACGACGAGGCGCGCGCCAAACUCGCCGAGCUGAAGCGGUACGCCUCCGUCGUCGGCGGGCUCGUCCUCUUCAGCGGGUGGACGGGGAUUGACAUCUCGCGCGUCCCGCUCGACCAGGACCUCACGGCUGCGGACUCGCUCGAGGCGCACAAGGUCACCAGUGUGCUGGACGCGUUCACGACGCCUAGCGAGGAGGUCCCCCGGUGGACGCCGCGGCUGGUGGCGGAGAAGGCGGCGAUUGGCGGGCUGGGGCCCGUGGCCGUCGGCAGUCCGCAGACGGUGGCGGAUGAGAUGGAGCGCUGGGUGCGCGAGGCAGACCUCGACGGGUUCAAUGUCGGGUAUGUGACGACGCCGGGGACGUUUGAGGAGGUGGUCGACCUGCUGGUGCCGGAGCUGCGGCGCCGCGGGGUGUAUGCGGAGGCUGGGGAGGGGCUCACGGCGCGGGAGAAGGUGUAUGGCAAGGGGCAGAGGGAGUUGCGGGCGGAUCAUCCGGGGAGUCGGUAUAAGUAUGAUGUGUAUGAGGAGGAGGUGGACUCACGUAGUUGA